AUGAAAGGCAGCUCCAGCCCCCUGGGCAUAACGGACACCUCCAGCUUAGUGUGCAACCAGACAGCCUCUCUGGAAGACCAGGAGCUCCGGGGCCCCCCUGUGCUGGUGGAUGCAUGGCUGGUACCCACUUUGUUCAGCCUCAUCAUGUUGAUUGGCCUGGUGGGCAACUCUCUGGUCAUUCAUGUCAUCACCAAGCACCAGCAGAUGAAGACAGUCACCAACUUCUAUAUCGUGAACUUGGCCACUACAGACAUCUUGUUUCUGGUAUGCUGUGUCCCCUUCACCGCCACCCUCUACCCUUUGCCCUCCUGGGUGUUUGGAGACUUCAUGUGUCGGCUGGUCAACUACCUUCAACAGGUAACAGCCCAGGCAACCUGUAUAACUCUUUCUGCUAUGAGUGUAGACCGUUGCUACGUUACGGUCUACCCUCUACUGUCACUACGGCAACGCACCCCGCGCAUGGCUGUCACCGUCUCUGUCUCCAUCUGGAUAGGGUCUCUGCUGCUGUCCAUGCCAGUCGCUCUGUACCAGCGGCUAGAGGCGGGUUGUUGGUUUGGUCCUCAGACAUACUGCAGCGAAGUGUUUCCUUCUGCCCAUCUCCAAAGAGCAUUCAUCCUCUACAGCUUCCUGGCAGUCUACCUGUUACCUCUCAUCACGAUCUGCUUUUGUUAUGCCUUCAUGAUCAAACGCAUGGGGCAGCCUUCUGUUCAGCCCACCGACAGCAACUACCAGGUAGCCGCCCAGGCAGAGCGUACUGCAGCGGUCAGAGCCCGGGUGUCCAGGAUGGUGGUUGUCAUGGUGAUCCUGUUUACUAUGUGUUGGGGGCCAAUACAGAUCUGUAUCUUGCUCCAGGUCUUCACACCUCAUCUGCACUCCUACACACUCUACAAGGUGAAGAUUUGGGCUCACUGUAUGUCCUACUCCAACUCCUCAAUCAACCCACUGAUAUAUGCCUUUAUGGGAAACAACUUCAGAAAGGCCUUUAAACACGCCUUCCCCUCCGUCUUCAGUCCAGAGGGACGCCGCAGGAGAAGAAGGAGGUGGAGGGGCUGGGGAAGGGUAGGGGAGGCAAGGAGGGAGGAGGGGGAGAAAGAGGGGGAGGCCCCAAAUGUGGACACUGAGAUGCACUUCCUUUCAUCUGGGACCUGAAGGGACACAUAAAGACUCAUGCUAGUUCAUGUAGAGCUGUCAUUAUUUAUUUACAGUUGUUCUGUGGGCCCUCAGGGCCAACACACACACACACAGGUUUAUACAAAGACAACCCAGCUUUAGAAGAAAUCGAUCCUCAUAAAUACAGUACCAAUAUAGAAAGCCAGGAGA